AUUAUUUGACAACUUUAUUUAGUAGUGACUUUACAAAUUAGGACAUAUUAUGUCAAAGUUCUAGUGAAACAAUUAGUCGACUGAUUAAUUGACUGAAUAUUGAGUGGGAACUAUUUUGAUGCCGUUUUCCAUGCAAAAAGAUAACAGCUGAGAUGUCUGCAAAGCACGGCCUCUUCUGGUUUACAGCCUGAGUGUGAAAUGAAGCAGCGGCCCAUGUGACUUCUGACGUUUCAGCCGAGUCCUACUAAAAAGAAUUUGAGGGAAUGAUCCUGCUGUUCACCAAGGGGAUCCACGGUGGCUUCCUGACGUCCGCUUUAAGGAAGUCCGAAAGUUAGCCUACUUACCGAUUGACUUUUUUUUAAACCAGUAGACUGACCCGAGAUGUCUGGCGAGGGACAAGAGGCUAUGAACGUAUACUCCGUAACCCUGAGUGGCCCGUCGCCUUGGGGCUUCAGGCUGCAGGGUGGUAAGGACUUCAGCAUGCCCCUCACCGUGUCAAGGCUGACCCCGGGAGGGAAGGCAGCUCAGGCUGGUGUCGGAGUGGGCGACUGGGUGGUGUCCAUCAGUGACACCAAUGCAGAAGACAUGACCCAUGUGGAGGCACAAAACAAGAUCAGAGCAGCAACAGACUCCCUCACCCUCACCCUCAGCAAAGCUUUCAAAGCAGGUGGAGAAGAGAAGGACUCACUCGCUCCGGCUUCUGUUCCAAAGUACUCCUUUGCCCCCAGCACAACCAUUAACAAGAUGGCGAGGCCAUUUACAGCAGGUGGUGGUAGUGCCAACUCAGGACCUGCUAUUAAGCCUGUGGCCUACUCCCCUAAACUUAACACCCCGAGCUCACAGGGCCGUGCCAGUAUGCAGCAGCCACAGAAUGGCCUUGAGCCAACUCCCUCACCUGCCAAGGCCCAGGCAGCAGAUAAACCAGAUGGCUCCAAGACUGCAGCCGCAGCAGCUGGCCGUUCAGGUCCUUCCUGUCGACCACCGUGGGUCACCGACGCUAAUUUCGCCGACCGCUUUCGCCCAGACAAGACCAGCACCGUGCUGACCCAGCACCAGCAACCGGUCCAGCCGACGCCCAUGGAGAACCGCAGCUCCAUCCUGCAGGCGGCGCAGCAGGCACCUGAAGAAAGCGGGAGGACCCCGGUGUGUGGGGCCUGCAACAAAAUCAUUAGGGGUCGUUACCUGGUAGCACUGGGGCGUUCCUGGCACCCAGAGGAGUUUACGUGUUCACAGUGUAAGGCGGUCCUGGAAGAGGGGGGCUUCUUCGAGGAGAGAGGGUCCGUCUACUGUACCAAGUGCCACGACAACCGAUACGCUCCGAACUGCUCCAAGUGCAAAAAGAAGAUCACAGGGGAAAUCAUGCAUGCCCUGAAGAUGACCUACCAUGUUCAGUGCUUCAAGUGUGCAGCCUGCAAGACUCCUAUCAGGAACCAAGCCUUUUACAUGGAGGAGGGUGAACCCUACUGUGAGAAAGACUACGAGAAGAUGUUUGGCACCAAAUGCCAUGGCUGUGACUUUAAGAUUGAUGCCGGGGAUCGGUUUCUGGAGGCCUUGGGCUACAGCUGGCACGAUACGUGCUUCGUCUGUGCUCUCUGCCAAAUCAACCUGGAGGGGAAGACGUUCUACUCGAAGAAGGAUAAGCCCCUGUGCAAAGGCCAUGCCUUCGCUCCAGUGUGAGAGAGCGAGCUUCAUCUUCAGAGGAAGCAACACUUCUCUCUCCCACUCCUCUUUACCCCACUCCGCCCUCCGGCACACUCGCACACAUUCUACAUCACUUCUUUCCCAAACCACACACCUAGUUACACUCCGUGUCUUUUUCUAUCCUAAAGACUUUGUUUCUAUAUUUGAGGCUUACUGUUAGCUUCACAUACUGUUACUUUACUGUGCUAAUAGGACGGUUCACAUGUUACUGCCUGUAAAACCAAAUGCUGUGUUGUAAAACUGGAAGUAGUCAAGGAAUUGUUUCAUGUCAUCACUAACUUGUUAACUUUAAUUUGGAAGCCAAUUUCUGCCAAUGUGAUGAGAAAAAAAGAGAGAAACUUGUAAGUAAUUAUAAUGACUUAGUUUAAUCAUUUUGCGAUACUGUCUCAAAAUAAUGAAUAUCUUAAAGAAAUUACUAAGUAUGUCAAAAAUAAUAAGCAUUUCUUAAAAUAAGAACUUAUCUCAAAAUAUUGAUUUUCGUAUCUUAAAGUAAUUACCAAGUAUGUCAAAAUAAUGAGCGUUGCUUAAAAUAACAUAUCUUAAAAUGACUUAGUAUUGCAAAAUAAUUAAGCUUUGUUAAAAUGACUUGGCUUGAAAUGCCUUCAGUAUCAGAAAAUAAUAAAAUAAAUAAUAAAAUAUCUUAUAAUAAUUCAACUUUCUCAACAAGAUACAAAUUCAUUAGUUUGAGAAAGUUUGUCUGUACAAUGACCUCCACAAUUUAUUUUCCCCCUAAAUUUUCAUCUUGUUCUUUUCUUGUACUGGCAGAAAUGGGCUUCCACACUUAGUUAGAGCAGACAUUUAAAAAGUGCAGCUGAAGUUCAUCUAGAUUUAAUUGUAGUAGAUGGUGAAGAAUUCUCACGACUCUACUUAUCUCAUCCUUGUUCAGUCUGAAGAUCAAGUCAGUAUCUUCCGAGUUGAAGGAGCCAUUUAGCCUUUAAUAAUCUCACAUAUUGCAGUAAUGAUCUGCCACUACUCCAGCACAAAGUGUGGAGAAAAGGUGGCCCCAUUCAGGACCCUGGCCCUCUCACUGACUCCGACUGUAGUGCCUAUUAACGUAA